CUCAGCCAGACCUUUGCGCGGGUGAUGGACUGCAAGGACAGCGUCAUCGAGUCCCUGGCCACAGACCUGGAGGAGGCGGAGGAGCAGCACGCCCAGGCCCUGCGCAGCCACCUGCACAACAUCGACCGCCUGCUGCAGCUCCAGCGCUGCCGCUUGACGUGCCUGGAGGAGGGGUACGACGCCCAGCUGGAGGCCCUGAAGACGGAGUUUGAGGCUGAGAGGAGGACCAUCCUUGAGCUGCACGAGCGAGAAAGCUGCUACCUGCGGGACGUGGCGCUGGCCACAGAGCAGAAUUACGCCAAGAAUGACCAUGAGGUCACGCUGAAUUUCCAGAGCGCCCGGGAUGACAUCAAAAACAAGAGCCUGCAGGAGAAGCAGUACAGCCGCAUGCAGCUGGGUGGGAAGGUGGAGGUGCUGUGGGAGCAGUUCCAGCGGGCCAUGCAGAGCUACACGGAGGCCACCGAGCACCAGAAGAUCGCUUUUGAGGUGCUGAAGCAGAAGGACGAGAAGAGCUCCAGGGAGAUAGAGAUGCAGGCAAAGAAGCUGCAAAAGCUGCAGGGCUCGUUCACAGCCACCAAAGGCCGGAUCGUGGCUCACCUCCGGGAAAGCGAGGAGCAGAACCGGCGCACGCGGGAGGAGAAGGAAAGGGUCCUCGCGCAGCUCCAGGAGCUCAAGAGUGAGAUGAACCAGGCCAGAGCUAAAGCCCACAGCAGCCUGGCCAGGCUCACCGCGCAGAGCAGCGCUGCCCUGAAGGCGCUGGCACGGGUGGUGGAGAAG